AUGGCGCCGGUAUCGAAUACAGUGAUGGGCAUCGACGAUGAUCAACGUUUCGCGUUAAUGAAGCUGAAUAAAAAACAACUUAGAAGUUACGAUAGUUCAGAUCAAGACAACACUCACGUAAACUUAGAUCACGACAACAAUCAGCAAACAAUUAAACAAAAUGAAGAUAGCAUUGAAUUGUCUUUUGAUAUUGAUAAUGAAUUUGGGAACGAUGAAGAAAUAUGCCAACAAACUAACGUUGUAUGCUUGCAGGAGGAAAAUUCAAGAAAAAUCGAACAGAGCCCUUCUACGUCUAUAAGUAUUGGGUCUAUUUUAGACACUCCCAGAAAAACUGUUAUAAAGAGAAAGCUGAAUUUAUGCGAAAAAAUGAUUUUAAACAAAAACAGACAGAUCAAUAGACUACAAAAACAAAAUAAAAGACUUAUUAAAAAGAACACAACUUUAAAAAAAUGCCUUGAAAGUAUUAAAAAGUAG